CGCACCGGGCGCCCUCGGCGGAGCUGCGUGGUCAUGGACGUGGGCGCCGACGAGUUCGAGCAGAGCCUCCCUCUGCUGCAGGAGCUCGUCCUGGGCGCGGACUUCGUGGGUCUGGACAUAGAGUUCACGGGCCUUCGUUCUAACCAGUCCCGGCCCCAGCAGAUCAGCCUGUUCGACCUGCCCUCAGAGUGGUAUCUAAAGACCCGUCAGAGUGUUCAGCAAUUCACAAUCUGUCAGAUUGGAUUGUCUGUGUUUUCCAGUAUUGAAGGAGAGUCAAACAAGUAUGUAGCCCAUUCGUGUAACUUCUUUCUCUUCCCCACGACGUUUGGGGUUUUGGAUUCGGAGUUCUCUUUCCAGGCUUCCAGUGUCCAGUUUCUGAAUCAGUAUGGCUUCGACUACAACAAGUUUCUCAAAAACGGGAUCCCAUAUAUGAAUGAAGAACAGGAGAAGAAAAUCAAACACAACAUCCUGACUGGGAACUGGAAAGUUCGCAGUUCUCUGGAUAAAGACCAGAUCAAGGUGGUGAUUGAUGAGGUGACACGGUGGCUGGACCUGGCGGAGGAGGGCGACUGGAUGACUCUCCCUGGUAUUGCUGGCUUCCAGGCCUUUGAGAUCCAGCUGGUGCUGAGGCAGGCCCUCCCCAACGUCUGGACGGUCCUGAGAGACCAGGGGAUAAUAGUGAAAAAAGUGAGCAAACAGCAUCGCUGGUACCUUGAGAACACCUCCUGUGAUCGAGAGAGCUGCUGGAAGGAGAAGAUUCUUCUCUCUGCGAGGGGUUUUUCUGUGUUUUUCCAGAUGCUGGUGAAAGCCCAGAAGCAGCCCUUGGUGGGCCACAACAUGAUGACAGACCUACUGCAUCUGCACGAGAAGUUCUUCCGGCCACUCCCAGAAAGCUAUGAUCAAUUUAAGCUGAAUAUCCACAACCUAUUUCCUGUUCUCAUUGACACCAAGAAUGUGACAAAGGACAUCUGGAAGGAACUGAAUUUCCCAAGGGUUUCAAAUCUCUCAGAAGUUUAUGAAGUCCUAAACAGUGACUUGAAUCCUACCAAAAAUUCCGGGCCAGUGAUUAUUCACGCAAGCAAGUGCGAAAAAUAUGCUGAGACCAAGUACCCCCACGAGGCUGCGUAUGAUGCUUUCCUCUGUGGCUCAGUUCUUCUGAAAGUGGCACAUUUGCUCCUGUGGAGAGUACAUGGAGCUGGCUCCCUGCCUGAGCUGUCCUUCCCUCUGUACCUCGAUGUGCUGGCUCCCUAUGUGAACCAGGUGAAUCUUAUCCGAGCCGGGGUCCCUAAGAUCAACUUUUCUGGUCCAGAUUACCCCAGUAUCCGACCUCCCAUCCUCCUCCUCAGCGUCCGGAGGUGGCCUGGGGUCAGCGAGCAGCAAGUGUAUCGUGAGUUUCAGAAUCUCUGCAAGUUCGAUGUCCGGCGACUGUCGCGGAGCCAGUUCCUGCUCUUGACCAAUAAGUUCAAGGACGCUCGGAGCAUCCUGAGGGAGUACCGGGGCCACCCCACCCUGCAGAUCUCCCUCUAUCGGUACUGGAGACACUCCCCCGACAUCAACUGCUUGUUGCAGGUCUGUGGCGUGGUGGCCACCUGGGCCCUCCUCGCUCUCGUCCUCGGAAGACCUGACCCCUGAGCAUGGCCUGCAGCCUCUGUCCCAUCUCCGUGCCUCUCCGGGACAGCUGUCCGCAUGUCCGCAUGGGGCUCCUGUGGCUUUUGUGUAAAUCGUACCUUUCUCUGCAGACCGAUCUGUGCGGUCCUCAUGAGGAACUUUGUUUCAAAUGUGAAAUUGUGUAACUGUUAUCAACGAUAAAGAAAUCCUUAGAAGUGGAA